UCAGGUAUGUACAUUACGGUUCCAUGUUUCCUGGGUGAUUUCCAUGCUGGAGUCCAAGGUGAAGAGACUCCCCAGGAGACAUUUGCAGAGGAGGCUCUCGGGUCAGCAGGGAUCCCGGUUGUGCCCCCUGCCGGCCCUGGGGAGGCCGUGUCUCCAGGUGGAAUCCUCCACCUUCUCCCAGGUCGUCACUGCCACCCAGCCCCUCCUGGCGUCUCUCUCUCUGCCCAGCAGCUAAGGAUGGAGAGGCACCUGGUCCUCCCCCUGCCUGCUCUCCCUGUCUGCCUCGCCGUGGUCCAGCUGCUCAGCCCCUGCUCAGCUCAGUUUGCUGUGGUUGGACCCCCCAAGCCCAUCGUGGCCAUGGUGGGUGAAGACGCUGAGCUGCCCUGUCACCUGUCCCCGGAGAUGAGCGCUGAGACCAUGGAGCUGAGGUGGGAGCGAUCCAGCCCCAGGCAGGUCGUGCACACGUACGCACACGGGCAGGAGGACACGCCGGCAGCAGAGUAUCGAGGGAGAACUUGGAUUUCAAGAGAGGACGUCACUGCGGGGAAGGCUGCUCUCUGGAUUCAGGACGUCAGAGCCUCUGACAGAGGAAACUACCUGUGUUAUUUCCGAGAUGGAGACUUCUUUGAAAAUGCCCUGGUGGAGCUGAAGGUUGGAGCGCUGGGCUCUGACCCCCACGUUGACAUGAAGGGCUACGAGGCUGGAGGGAUCCGUGUGGAGUGCACGUCUGCCGGCUGGUACCCGCAGCCCCAGAUCCAGUGGAGAGACGCCAGGGGACACAGCUUGCCUGCUGAGGUGGCCACAGCGGCUGCAGACCCCCAGGGCCUCUAUGCAGCCUCAGCCUCUGUGAUCCUGGAAGGUGGCUCUGGGGAGGGGGUCUCCUGUGUCAUCAGAAACCCCCUGCUGGGCCAGGAGAGGUCAGCCAGGCUUUCCAUCCCAGGCCCCUUCUUCCGGAACGCGCAGCCCUGGGUGGUGGCCCUGGGAAUGACCCUGCCGGCUCUGCUGGGGCUCCUGGCGGGGGCGGGCUACUUCCUGUGGCAACAGCAGAAGAAGAUCCAGGCCCUGUCCCAGGAGAAGGAGAGGGAGCGAGAGGAGAAAGAAGCAGCUCAGGCGGAGAAAGCAGCAGCUCAGGCCAAGGAGCGGUGGGAGCGAGGAGCCAAAGAGAAGCUGCAGGUCGAACUCAGUAAGUGGUGGUCCCUGGCCCACACGUCCCGGGGUGAGGAGCGGUGUCAGGCCUAUGCAGAGUUGAAGACGGCCCUCUUCCAGCCUGCGGAUGUGUCUCUGGACCCACGCACGGCGCACCCCUACGUCCUGGUUUCUGAGGACAACAGGAGCCUGCAGUGGGCACAGGAAUGGCAGAACCUGCCAGAAAAUCUCGAGAGAUUUUGUGGGAAUCUCUGUGUGCUGGGCCGUGAGAGCUUCACGUCUGGGAGACACUUCUGGGAGGUGGAGGUGGGGGACAGGGCACAGUGGUGUGUUGGGGUGUGCAGGGAGGACGUGGAGAGAAGAAAGAUUGUUAAAAUGGCGCCUGAGAAUGGGUUCUGGACAGUGUGGCUGGAACCUAGGAAGGGUUACCUGGCUCUCACAGACCUGCAGACCCCACUGACCAACGUGAGCCCCCCUGGGAGGGUGGGGGUGUUCCUGGACUGGGAGCUGGGGCAGGUCUCCUUCUACAAUGCCCUCGACGGGUCUCACCUCUUCACCUUCCCGCACACCCGCUUCUCUGGGCCUCUGAGGCCUGUUUUCGGGAUUUUGAUGUUUGAGCCCACACCCCUGACCAUUUGCCCAGCGCAGGAAGGAGUGGGGGCGUCCCUUGUGCCUGACCCAGGGCCUGACCCUUCCCUGGAGACCCCAGUGUCCCCGGGCUCAGCUGGAGGGAAUGGGGACCCCCAGGCUGAAGAAACCUCUCUGCUUCCUGCUGCCCAGCCUGGGGCUGAGGGCCUCCUGGACAGCAAACGUCUCAGCUAG